AUGCCGUGCCCGGGUGCUGUGGGAGGACGGGGCCUUGCUGAUGCUGUCUCUCUGUUUCAGGGGGAGUUGUUGAGCCCAUGUCGAUGCGAUGGAUCGGUGAAAUGCACGCACCAGCCAUGUCUGAUCAAAUGGAUUAGCGAGAGAGGCUGCUGGAGCUGUGAGCUGUGUUACUACAAGUAUCACGUCAUUGCCAUAAGCACAAAGAACCCUCUGCAGUGGCAAGCCAUCUCUCUGACAGUCAUUGAGAAGGUCCAGAUAGCAGCGGCCAUCCUGGGUUCCCUCUUCCUCAUCGCCAGUAUCUCGUGGCUCAUCUGGUCGACCUUCAGUCCUUCGGCCAAAUGGCAGCGCCAGGACCUGCUCUUCCAGAUCUGCUAUGGAAUGUAUGGCUUCAUGGACAUUGUCUGUAUAGGUCUAAUAAUACACGAAGGGCCCUCGGUUUACCGGAUUUUUAAGCGGUGGCAGGCGGUCAAUCAGCAGUGGAAAGUGCUGAACUAUGACAAAACAAAGGACAUGGAGGAGCAAAAAACAGGGACGAGGACAAACCAGCGCCCUGCCUCCCAAACCACCCACUCGUCCUCCACCGGUGGUACAGCCACUAACUCCGCUCCGGCCGACAGCGGGGCCCGGGCUGCCAGCCAUGCCACAGGCACCCUCUCUGACCACCACUGUGCUUACACCAUCCUGCAUAUACUCAGCCACCUGAGGCCUCACGAACAGAGGAGCCAGUCUAGUAGUAACAGAGAGCUCGUCAUGAGGGUCACGACGGUCUGAGCCUAGGAAUUCAGGAGGCCUUAACGCGGAGUGGAGGAGACCAAGAACUCAUAAAGCAGAGGAGCAUGGUGUGCCUUUUUCUUUCUUUUUUUUUCUUUUCUUCCUUCUUUUCUUUCCUUUUUCUUUUUUUUUGGUAACUGCACAAGAUAUAAGAGGCGACGCUUGGCCAGCUGAGGAGAAAAAACAGGUGGAGGGAGAGCUGCACACUCAUGCUAAAGGGGUUCACGUUUUCCAGCCAGUUUAAAAAAAAAAACAAAAACACAAAUCACACACACAAAAAAACCCAACAAAACAAGUGCAAUACAGACUAAAAACUGAGUAGGUAGAGUUCUGGGGAGGCAGAGGAACAGAUGGCUUAGUGUGGCUUUCAGAUAGUGUUACUUGGAAGAGGUAAU